UCGCCGGCUGCCUGGAGAGCCGGGCACGGCCCUGCCUUCUGCCUCGUCUUCCGUCGCGUGGCUGCAAGAACUGUCGGCCGCGCGGCCUCGGGGACGGCCCGGGUCUCUGCCCGCAGGUCUUGCACGCAGAUCUCGGGCAGAUUUUACUUCGUUCAUUCACUUAACAAAUUCAUUCAACAAAACUUUAUGGAAUGCCUAGGUAAUGUUCUAGGCAACAGAACACAGCAGUGAAAAAAAAAAAAACAGAGAAAAUCUGCUCAUAUACCACUACAGAUGAUGAUGUCUUCCAGCUUCAGUAUAUUUAGAGUUGGGAUCUCUUUUAUCAUGAUGGGCAUUUUUUACAAGUCAACAGUAGCCUCUCUACCAGAACUGAGUCCUCAGAAAUAUUUCAAUACAUUGCAACCAGGAAAAGCCUCUUUAGCUUAUUUUUGUCAAGCUGAUUCUCCAAGUACUUCUAUGUUUCUUGAAGAACUAAAUGAAGCUGUUAGACCUCUCCAGGACUAUGGAAUUUCAGUUGCAAAGGUUAAUUGUGUCAAAGAAGAUACAUCAAGAUACUGUGGAAAAGAAAAGGAUUUGAUGAAAGCAUAUUUAUUCAGGGGCAACAUAUUGCUCAGAGAAUUCCCUACUGAUGCCUUGUUUGAUGUGAAUGCCAUCGUUGCUCAUGUUCUCUUUGCUCUUCUUUUUAAUGAAGUGAAAUAUAUUGCAACCCUGGAAGACCUUCAGAACAUAGAAAAUGCUCUGAAAGGAAAAGUAAAUAUUGUAUUCUCAUACGUAAGAGCCAUUGGAACUCCAGAACACAGAGCAGUCAUGGAAGCUGCUUUUGUGUAUGGAACCACAUACCAAUUUGUCUUAACCACAGAAAUUGCCCUUUUGGAAAGUAUUGGCUCAGAGGAUAUAGAAUAUGUACAUCUCUACUUUUUUCAUUGUGAACAAGUCCUGGACUUGACUCAGCAAUGUAGAAGAACACUAAUGCAACGACCAUUGACCACACUGAACAUUCAUCUGUUUAUUAAGACAAUGAAAGCACCUCUGUUGACUGAAGUUGCUGAAGAUCCUCGACAAGUUUCAACUGUUCAUCUUGAACUAGGAUUACCACUGGUUUUUAUUGUUAGCCGACAGGCUACGUAUGAAGCUGAUAGAAGAACUGCAGAAUGGGUUGCUUGGCAUCUUCUGGGAAAAGCAGGAGUUCUACUCUUGUUAAGGGACUCCUUGGAAGUGAACAUUCCUCAGCAUGCUAAUGUGGUCUUCAAAAGAGCAGAAAAGGGAGUUCCAGUGGAAUUUUUGGUGUUACAUGAUAUUGAUUUAAUAAUAUCCCAUGUGGAAAAUAAUAUUCACACUGAGGAAAUACGAGAGGAUGAAGAUGAUGACGUGGAAGGUCCAAAUAUGGAUAUUCAAGAUGAUGAAGUGGCAGAAACUGUUUACAGAGAUAGGAAGAGACAAUUACAUUUGGAACUGACUGUGGAACUAACAGAAGAGACAUUUAAUGCAACAGUAAUGGCUUCUGACAGCAUAGUGCUCUUCUAUGCUGGUUGGCAAGCAGUAUCCAUGGCAUUUCUGCAAUCCUAUAUUGAUGUGGCAAUGAGAUUGAAAGGUACAUGCACUAUGCUUCUUACUAGAGUAAACUGUGCAGAUUGGUCUGAUGUAUGUACUAAGCAAAAUGUUACUGAAUUUCCUGUUGUAAAGAUAUACAAGGAAGGUGAAAACCCAGUAUCUUAUGCUGGUAUGUUAGGAACUGAAGAUCUGCUAAAAUUUAUCCAACUCAACAGGAUUUCAUGUCCAGUGAACAUAACAUCAAUUCAAGAAGCAGAAGAAUAUUUAAAUGGGGAAUUAUAUAAAGACCUGAUCUCCUAUUCUAGUGUGUCAGUACUGGGAUUAUUUAGUUCAACAAUGACAACAGCAAAAGAGGAUUUCACUGAAGCAUGUAACUACCUAAAAGGAUAUGUUAUAACUGCAAUUUAUUCUGAAGAAGAUGUUUUGAUACUAUCAAAUAAAUAUGGUGCAACUCUUCCAGCUCUGCUGCUUGUCAGACACAAAGAAGGCAAAAUAGAGAGCAUUCCACUGUCCAGCACCCAUGUGCAAGACACAGUUCAAAUAAUAACAAAUGCAUUACUGGAGACAUUCCCAGAAAUCACUGUGGAAAAUCUUCCCACUUAUUUAAGACUUCAGAAGCCAUUACUUAUUUUGUUUAGUGAUGGCGGCAUAAAUCCUCAGUAUGAAAAAGCAAUAUUGACACUGGUAAAGCAGAAGCUCUUGGAUUCACUUACUCCUUGCUGGUUAAAUCUAAAGAACACUCCUGUGGGGAGAGGAAUCUUGCAGGCAUAUUUUGACCCCCUGCCUCCCCUUCCUCUUCUUGUUUUGGUGAAUGUGCAUUCAGGUGGUCAAGUAUAUGCAUUUCCUUCAGACCAGGCUGUAACUGAGCAGAACCUUGUAUUGUGGCUUAAGAAAUUAGAAGCAGGACUAGAAAAUCACAUCACAAUUUUACCUGCUGAGGAAUGGAAACCUCCUCUUCCAGCUUAUGAUUUUCUAAGUAUGAUGGAUGCUUCAACUUCUGAACAUCUUACUAGGGAAGUUCCUGAGUGUAUGAAAGAAACAGAUGGGCAGGAGAAUGAUAAGGAACAACAUGAAGAUAAAUCAGCAACCAGGAAAGAACCAAUUGAAACACUGAGAAUAAAGCACUGGAAUAGAAGUAAUUGGUAUAAAGAAGCAGAAAAAUCAUUUAGGCAUGAUAAAGAGUUAUGAUGCUCAAAAGUGAGCUGAUUUCCUAGGGCUGUGCUUUUCAAAGUCUUUUUGGCUUAUUUGAUAGACUUAUUUCAUUAAAGAAUAACACUAAAUCAUUUCAA